UUCGGGGCCUACUGGAACGGGUAGUCUAACCCGACAGAGAGAUGUGUCAUUCAUUUUGUCUUAUAUUAACAUCUAUCUCAUUGUGUCUACAACUGUGCUAGUCAUACAAGGCAGCUUCUAAGGUGAUCAAAGAGGUCAAACGUUCUUUAUGAAAAUGUCCCUUCUCAAGAUCCCACUCAUCUUCUUGUCCGCUGUCGCUGUGCACGUAGCGUUCACUCCCCCGCACACCCCAUCGAAGGGCGAGAUUGUCGAUACCUUUAAUGACUGGAUCUUCAUUCAGCACAUUAAAUAUGGGCUCCCGACGACAAAGAUAAUCUACUGGGGUGUUUCUUUGGCAGAAAUAGUUCUCGCUGUCUCUCGUAUCACGGACCCCAAAACACUUCCCAGCGUGAUACAAAACACAAUCGGUCCAUUUCUUUCAAGAAUCCAGGACGUGUCAAUCACUCGUCCUUUCAUUCUCGGUACCACAUUUAUUGUUACCGCGGGAUACCUCCGCUGGUCGUGUUUUCGGACCCUCGGUCGUUUCUUCACAUUCGAGCUCACCACCCGCAAGGGUCACCAGCUUGUCACAAAUGGACCAUACUCGGUCGUACGCCAUCCCUCCUACUCAGCAACUAUUCUCCAGUAUAUCGGCGUGGUAGUCUUGCACGGAUCCGCAACUUCGUGGCUUAGACAAUCAGGGGUCUUAGAUCUCCCUGGAGUGAAACCAGUUCUGCUGGCAUGGUUAUUGGAGAGAACGUUUGCUGUGAUAAGCCUCGUGCGCAGGAUCGAUCAAGAGGAGGAGGUCGUGAAGUCAAUGUUUGGAGACGAAUGGCAGAGGUGGGCAAAGGUCGUCAGGUACCGGCUCAUACCCGGCAUCUACUAACCCAGUCCUCGUGUCAUGAAGGCCUAGAUGGGAUUUCUU